AGGGUGGCGCGCAGACGAUUAUGGGGAGGGGGAAUGCACCGUCAGUAUUUCGCGAACCACCGACGAGUACGGAUCGUGUCUUUGUUAAUUCUUCGUCGUUUCUAAUUAUCUGCCAGUGAUCGUUCGUUGACUAAAAACAUUGUUAACAUUCGUUGUAUGCUCUUCGUUUUGUUAAUCGUGUUUCAUUAUCUACCAAUACAAAUCACAGAAUCUUUUCAUCGAAAAAUGUACAUAGUCGGUAAUGUCGCGAAUUAACAACUAUCAUUUGGGUAGUCAUUUAUAAUGAUUAUCGUUUUCGCUGGUAAACGUUACGAGGUGGUUCUCGAGAUAUGCAAUCGUUGACGCGUAUACAGAACGAAUCUACGCGCGAUCAACGAUUUUGGACCGCAAAACGCGAACUACAAUCUCGUUGGUGUCGGGUAAAAAGUUUGUCUGUUAAAACGAGACGGCGUGGCGUCUGUAUCGGAAAACGGCGUAGUUGUGUCUCGCAUACGGAUUAAAACGCGAAUGAAUGGUUGUUGGAGAGUGGUGAAAAAGGCGGGAUGAGUGCGAGAGAAGUCACUCUCAUCGGCGGCUCCCCUUGGGGAUUCCGUAUGCAUGGUGGGCAUGAUCUGCAUCAACCCCUUCGCAUCUCUAGAGUUAAUCCAGGCAGUAAAGCGGCUCAACAGGGGGUGAGAGAGGGUGAUUUAAUUAGCAGCAUAAAUGGAAGAACUACCAGGGAUUUAACGAACAGUGAGGCGCAUGCACUCUUACGAAACGCCGGUGAACAUUUGAAACUCGGUUUGAAUCAGGAAAAUAUUGGCUCUCCGAAGAGACGAAUUUAUAGAAGUAGUUUGCAGGAAAACACCACCACUGAAAUUCUCACUAAGACGACGACGACGACGAGAACGACCACGACCAUAUCGAACACACGGAUCCCAUCCACAGACUCGAAGAAGAACGAAGCAAAUGACGCAAAACCCGAUCAGAGCUACGCCAGUCAGAACGGUGGUCCGAAGAGUUCGUUGAUCCAGCAACGGGACGAAACCAAGAAAAAUUUGUACGAUUGUGCGAUAGGAUCGAACGAAUCCUCGGCGGUCAACUGCGACGAGCAGAAGCAGGAGAAGGAGAAGGAGAAGGAGAGCGAGGAGCAGGAGGAGGAGGAGGCCAGCAUGCCCGGUCACGGUAGUAAACAUCGUCGAAAUCGAAAGGGCAGGAGGCGUGGUGGCGGCGAUAAAGCGAAGCGCAACGACGGCGACAAAAACUCGAAAGAAAGAACCUCGACGAUCCACGACGAGGUUGUCGCCGAGGCGACCACCUCGUCAAAUCAUGGGGGAUCCUCCUCCCUAUCGAGGAGGGAGGAUAGAUGCAGGAUAGAGACGGGGACGAUAAAGCCUAGUGUCAAAGUGAUGAGAAUAACCACGAUAAGCAGUAGACCGUUGGAGGCGAGACUGGGCCACAUUCGGGGGGUCGGUAUAGUAGAGACCGAGACUACCGCCCGGUCCGGGAAAGGGGGCGAGGGAGCGGUUGUGGUCACCGUGUCCGAGCCGCUCGACGCUUUCCCUCCCCUCUCGCCCGAAAUGCCCGCGACGGUGGCCGACAAUCCGGCCGCGGAAACGAGAAACGGGGAGGAAGGAUUGCAGAUUCGCGACGUUACCGACUGCGACGUUGCCGAGGUCGAUAACGUUAGGCAGCCCGUGAUCGUCGAGAUGGAAUCGGACGCGGAGAGGGAGGCUGGCGGCAACUUGGAGGGGGCGAGGACGGGGUCCGUUUCGAGGGACAAGGAGGAGGAGGAGGGUGAGGAAGGGGUAGGCAGAGGGCACUGCUGGGACACGGUGAUGCCACGGGACGUGGAGAGGAAGUUGAGGAGAUUCAUCGAGGGUUUGAAAUUGCCGUGUCACGCGGGGGAGGAGGGAGGCGAUUGGAGGGCUGCGUGCGAGGAGGAGAAGAGGGGGGGCGCGAAGAGGAGGAGGCGGGAGGCGUGUUACGGGCACUCGCAGGCGGCCAACAGGUUCUUGGACAUUAUUCAGGAGGAGGGCGAGAAGUUGUCGGAGGACGAGGAGCAGCAUAUCAGGGACUUUAUCAACGAGGAGAUCGGUAAAUAUAGGAGGGAGGAGAGGUGUUGGGCGAGGGUGGAGGAGGAUUUGGGGGCGGGUGGCGGUGCCGGGGUGAGGAUAAAUGUGACGUGCGUGGACGGGGAGGAGAUGGGGGAGGGGAAGGAGGAGGAGGAGGAGGAGGAGGAUCUUGGAGAAGGUUUGAAGAAGGAAAGGGAAAGUGUGGAGAUUUGUCGUGGAGGAGAAACUGUGGAGGAAGGAACGUCGAAGGAAGAGGAAUUGGAGAAGGAAAGGGAAAGUGUGGAGAUUUGUGGUGCAGGAGAAAUUGUGGAGGGAGGAACAUCGAAGGAAGAGGAAUUGAAGAAGGAAAGGGAAAGUGUGGAAAUUUACAGUGGAGGAGAAAUUGGGGAGGGAGGAAUGUUGAAAGAAGAGGAAUUGGAGAAGGAAAAGGAAAAUGAGAUUGGUGAUGGAGGAGAAUUUAUAGAAGGAAGAAUAUUGAAGGAAAAGGAGAUUAGUGAUGGAGGAGAAUCUACAGAAGGAGGAAUAUUAAAGGAAAGUGAUGAUGGAGGAGAAUCUAUAAAAGGAGGAAUAUUGAAGGAAAAGGAGAUUGGCAAUGGAGAAGAAUCUAUAAAAGGAGGAAUAUUGAAGGAAAAGGAGAUUAAUGAAGGAGAAUCUAUUGAAGGAGAAUCUAUAGAAGAAAGAAUAUUAAAGGAAAAGGAGAAUGUGGAGAUUAGUAAUGGAGAAGAAUCUACAGAAAAAGAAGUAUUAAAGGAAAAGGAGAGUAGUAAUGGAGAAGAAUCUAUAGAAAAAGAAGUAGUAAAGGAAAAGGAGAUUAGUAAUGAAGGAGGAUCUAAAGAAGAAGAAAUAUUAAAAGAAAAGGAGAAUGUGGAAAUUGAUGAUGGAGGAGAAUCUACAGAAGGAGAAAUAUUAAAGAAAAAGGAGAAUGUGGAGAUUGGUGAUGGAGAAGAAUCUAUAGAAAAAGAAAUAUUAAAGGAAAAGGAGAUUAGUAAUGAAGAAGAAUCUAAAGAAGAAGGAAUAUUAAAAGAAAAGGAGAAUGUGGAAAUUGAUGAUGGAGAAGAAUCUACAGAAGAAAGAACAUUGAAGGAAAAGGAGAUUAGUAAUGAAGAAGAAUCUAAAGAAGAAGGAAUAUUAAAAGAAAAGGAGAAUGUGGAAAUUGAUGAUAGAGGAGAAUUUACAGAAGGAAGAACAUUGAAGGAAAAGGAGAUUAGUAAUGAAGGAGAAUCUAAAGAAGAAGGAAUAUUAAAAGAAAAGGAGAAUGUGAAAAUUGAUAAUAGAGGAGAAUCUACAGAAGGAGGAAUAUUAAAGGAAAAGGAAAAUGUGAAAAUAAGUAAUGAAGGAGAAUCUAUAGUAGAAGGAAUGUUGAAGGAAGAGAAAUUAGAAAGGAAAAGCAUAAAGAUAAGUGAUGGAAAAGAAGAAAAGGAAGAAAUAUCGGAUGAGAAGUCUGAAAAGAUAAUUGAAAGUGAGAUAUUGGAAACGAAUAAUGAAAACACGAAUCUAAGUGAACCCGAUUUGAAAGUUGAAGAGGAAAUUUCUGUCAAAAAGUUAAAUGAAACGGAUGAAACGUUAAUCAAUGUGAAAUCGAGAUCAAAUGAGGAAGAAUCGAUAUACUAUCGUAUUUCUGACGCUUCAAACAUCAAUGAACUCACUGUGACGGAAAACGUAGAAAGUAUAGAAGAGAAAUCGAAAAUCGAAAAUCGAGACGUUUCGUUCGUGAAAUCGAAAGAAAUCGAGGCGCUGAAAACGGACGAUGAUAGAAAAAUCGAGAAAUCCAUGGAGAUAGGAAAAUUGGAUUUGGUAAGUGAAGCGCAAGAUUUCGAGGCAUUAACCGUGAAGUCAAAAUUAAAGGAGGAUGACAUAGAUUCCAAAAGCGAAGCGUUGACUAAGCGAUUUCUAAAAAAAGAAGAAGAAGAAGAACCUUCGAAAAAUAAUAUCGCGAAAACUUGCAAGAUCGACGAGCAAUCGGAUCGAUUAAACGAAACUAACGAAAAAUUGGAGCAAAAUAAACGAUCGACGAGUUAUCACGAAUCAUCAAUCUCGAAAUCAAUUUUGAGGGAAGAAGCGUGUUCGUUGAUCAAAGAUUCGUACAAAAUUUCACGGGACACGAAGAGGAAACGUCCUCCAACACCGCCGAAAAGAUCGUCCAGCCUCGAUUUCCAAGAAAAAUCGACCGCGACCACUUCUCCUCUCCGUGGAAAAAGGGAGAGCAAAGAGAGGAUUGGAGAGAAUGGGGAGAAGAUGGAGGUUACAUCCUCGAGAUUAUGUCGAGAUUCCACGGAAAAUAUUGGCAGCACGAGAGCAUUAUUGACGAUAAUAUCCCAGAGUGACGCUGGCGUCGAAAAUAUUCGCGACAUCUCGAGCAACGUGGACGAGAGCGUCUCCCUACCCGAGAGCAACAUCUUGCACGAUUUGAAGGCGUUCGGGGGGAGGAGUGUUUGUCUCGGGAACGACGACAGCACGGACGACGAGUUGCGCAAGUACGUGGAGAAUGGCGCCAGGCUUGGCAAUGGCGCAAGUUCUGAAAUAAAGCGUGACUACUUGCAUCGAGAGACACGCGAAAAAUCACCGGUGUCCGUGUCGCGUACGAAACAGAGCGUGGACGGGCUACCCGCGCAAGGAGUAGCGAAAAUUGUAAUGGAGAAAAAAUCGUCGGGCUCCGCUACGAGUUCGAAAGUUUUAGGGAGGGAAUCAGUGGAAAGGAUAGAGAAAAUUGAGGUGGAAUCUCGAGAGACGCGGGAAGAAUCAACGGCGUCCACUUCGAGACGAAGCGCACCCGUGGAACGAAUAGUGAAAAUUGACGUGGAAUCGAUGACGUCUGCGAUCGAUGAAUCCGACGAAGCGAAGAUUUCGAAGAAAUGUGAAGAGGAAGAAAGGAAAGAGGUUUCGUACGAAUCACGCGAAAAGUCGCUAGAGUCCGUGUCGAUAAAACAGAGUGUGGAGAAACCGGUGGAAAGAAUAGUGAAAAUUGUCAUGGAACCAUCUUUUACCGACAAAGUGAAAAUUUCUGAGAAAGAAAGGAAAAAGAUUUCUGACGAGAAACCUGUGGAAAGAAUAGUGAAAAUUAACGUUGAAUCGUCCACCGAUGAAUCUGACAAAGCAAAGAUUUCCAAGAAAUGCGAAGAAGAAGAAAAGGUUUCGUACGAAUUACGCGAAAAGUCACUAGAAUCCAUAUCGAUAAAACAGAGCGUGGACAAACCUGUGGAAAGAAUAGUGAAAAUUUCUGAGAAACAGGAAGAAAGAAAAAAGAUUUCUGACGGAAAACCUGUGGAAAGAAUAGUGAAAAUUAACGUUGAAUCGUCCACUGACAAACCUGACAAAGUGAAAGUUACUGAGAAAGAGGAAGAAAGAAAAAAAGUUUCUGAUGGGAAACCUAUCGAAAGAAUAGUGAAAAUUAACGUUGAAUCGUCCACCGAUGAAUCUGACAAAACGAAGACUUCCAAGAAAUGUGAAGAGGAAGAAAGGAAAAAGGUUUCGUAUGAAUUACACGAAAAGUCACUAGAGUCUAUGUCAAUAAAACAGAAUAUAGAGAAACCUGUGGAAAGAAUAGUGAAAAUUAAUGUAGAAUCGUCCACUGAUAAACCUGACAAAGUGAAAGUUUCUGAGAAAGAGGAAGAAAGGAAAAAGCUUUCUGACGAGAAACCUGUCGAAAGAAUAGUGAAAAUUAACAUUGAAUCGUCUACCGAAAAGCCGGACAAAACGAAGAUUUCCAAGAAAUCUGAAGAGGAAGAAAAAGUUUCUGACGGAAAACCUGUCGAAAGAAUAGUGAAAAUUAACGUAGAAUCGUCCACCGAUGAAUCUGACAAAGCAAAGAUUUUCAAGAAAUGCGAAGAGGAAGAAAAGAUUUCGUACGAAUUACACGAAAAGUCCAUGUCGAUAAGACAGAGCGUGGACAAACCUAUGGAAAGAACGGUGAAAAUUUCUGAGAAACAAGAAGAAAGAAAAAAGCUUUCCGAGAAACCCGUCGAAAGAAUAGUGAAAAUUAACGUUGAAUCGUCCACCGAAAAACCGGACAAAAGCAAGAAAUGCGAAGAGGAAGAGAAAGUUUCGUACGAAUUACGCGAAAAGUCACUAGAGUCCAUGUCGAUAAAACAGAGCGUGGACAAACCUGUGGAAAGAACGGUGAAAAUUUCUGAGAAACAGGAAGAAAGGAAAAAGGUUUCCGACGUGAGACCCGUCGAAAGAAUAGCGAAGAUCGACGUGGAAUCGAUGGGGAAACCGGACAAAGCGAAGAUUUUCGAGAAAAACGAGGAAAGGACGAGAAAGAUUUGCGACGAGAAUGGAUGGGGAGACGAGGCUGGGCCGAGACGAGAGAUGCACUCUCGUCAUCAUCGCGUUCACAAGAAGAUCGUGAAGAACGAGACGUCGAGUACGACGACUGGUGACAAAGAGCGCGGUAACAAGAUGGAAAGUUCGAGGGAGCUCACCACCAGCGAGGAAGAAUUCGAAGAGAUUUACAAGUAUUCCACUCGUACGUCCGGCGACGAACCACGGUCUCCCGCGUUCAAAAUUAACGGCCACGACGCGAGAAAGGAUAGACGCGACACUCCUUCCGAAAUAUUAAAAUCCACUCCGAGCAACGACGAGGCGCCAUCUCAUUGCGCGCGCAAACAAGAUGGAAGGGGAAAGGAUUCUCCCUCCCAGAAGCUAAGCGAUCCUACCACCGUGUCCCACCGUGGCCCUAUGGAAGCGUGGCAGGUGGACAUAUUCUCCAUAAUAACCGAGGAGGCGAGGAAGAGCAAAUUGAGACGAGAGAUGGACUCGUCGCGCGGAGUACCCCCCACUCCCGCCUCCGAGGACCUCUACUACGUACCGAUCGAGAGUGGCUCUACUUACCGGAAGAGUAAAAGCAACAAUAUCGACGAGACGGGUCCCGUCGAAUCGUUGAAAGACAUUUGCAUCAAGAAGAUCUUGUCCAUGCCGUACGGUCUCCACGUGAUCAACGAGAUCACCGUGCCGAGAUUUAACGUUUUCGAGACUCUAGGACCCGAAGUGUCGAAAUUUCCAACGCACGGGCCGCGUAAAGCGACGACAACUUCGAGCGAAGCUCACGGACGGGCGAAGAGCACGGUCGAUAAGGAAGAUACGACGAAUACUUGGCUCGGUUUAUCGACCUCGACGGAUCCCAAGCUGCUCGUCUGCCUGUCCCCGUCCCAACGGAGGACCGAGAUAAAGGCAACGGCCGACAAUUUGCUCGAUUUGCACGAAAAGUUCAUAAACAGGCGCAAUUACUUCGACGAGGAACCUCCUCCACGAGUCCCCCCGACCAGAUAUCGGGUCGAGUUGAUGGAGGAGUCGAAAGAAGACGAGAGAGGGAACAGAUUGUUGGAAAUUAUCAAGGAGAAUUCGGACAAGAAAAGCGGCAGUAAAUCGGUCACGUUCGAGGAAUCGAGCCAAUCGGGCUCCUGCAACGCGGACGGGGUCCCGACCUCUGACAGUGGCCGGCAGAGGCGUGCUAAAGCCACCAGGCUGUGCGACUGGCUGAACUUGGCCAGGCUCGAUCCUCGCUCGUCGAGAUCGCCUCGCCACGCGACACCGCUCCCCGACGAUUUAUUAAUAGAAUCGUCGGCCGAGGGGGGGGAGGAGCCGCUCGUCGCGAAACGAUUAGACAUACCUCGAUCUCUCCACUAUUCUUCCUUCAAAAAAUACCCUCUCGCGUUGAACAGCGCCAUCAUCGACUCCUCCUCUACGGAGAAUCCACCUUUCAGAAGCUCGACGCCGUUCGCAAAGAGCCCUUUAACGUUGAACAGCGCCAUCAUCGAGAAAUCCGUUCACUUUGACGACUCCUCCAUGGAGAUCCCUCCUGAUAGACCGGAUCCUCCUUCGAGAACCUCGCUCAGAAAGAGUCCUUUGAACAGCAUCCUCAUCGAUUCUUCCUCUAUGGAGAAUCCUCCUCAGAGACCAGAUCCUCCUUCAAGAAAGAGUCCUCUGGCGUUCAACAUCGACUCCUUUUCUAUGGAGAAUCCUCCUCAGAGACCAAAUCCUCCUUCAAGAAAGAGUCCUCUGAACAUCGACUUCUCCUCUAAGGAGAACCCUUCUGAGAGACCAGAUCCUCCUUCAAGAAAGAGUCCUCUGAACAUGGACUUCUCCUCUAAGGAGAAUCCUCCUGAGAGACCAGAUCCUCCUUCAAGAACCUCGACUCUCAGAAAGAGUCCUCUGACGUUGAACAUGGACUCCUCCUCGAUGGAGACUCCUCCUGAGAGACCGGAUCCUCCUUCAAGAACCUCGACUCUCAGAAAGAGUCCUCUGACGUUGAACGUCGACUCCUCCUCGAUGGAGACUCCUCCUGAGAGACCAGAUCCUCCUUUAAGAAGCUCGACGCCGUUCAGAAAGAGUCCAGUGACGUUGAACAGCGCCCUCAUCGACUCCUCUUCCAUGGAGAAUGCAGCUUCGAGAAGUUGGACGCCGUUGGGGAGGAGGAGUCCAGGGAAGAGUCCUGUGGAAAAAGGUAGGAGGCGGGAGGCGCGUCACAACGUGAACCCGGCGCUGAUCGACGACAGGGUGGAGGUGCCGCCGAGAGCGAAGCGCGUGGUGAGCGUGGACAGGUCUUGCAUCGACACGACCAGCAUUUUCGACCAGAACCCGCCGAGGAGCCACCUGGAGCCGCGCAGAUACCCGAGGCACGUGGCAGCAGCUUCAGAGAUCAUGGACGAGUUGAGGAAACUAGAAAACGAAACCGAGGAACAAUCGAGAGGCCCGUUUCCUCCUCGACGAUACGUCGCCCGCCAAUUGAGGUACAUAGAACUGUUGGAGGAUCGGUUGAGGAACGUGAUACUGGCGGAGGAGGAGGAGAGGGAGGCGUUGGAGGAAUACCUCCUCGCGAGGGAAAAGGAGGAAGGAGGAAGGAGCAACAAGGAAAGUUCCUUUUCGAGGCUCGACGAUUCGAAGCGGGAGGGGGGGAGGGGGGAGAGCUCCACCGAGCACGUGGAGCGGUCGCGUUCGGCGAUUGGCAAGGUGGAGGGGGAGUCGAGGGAAAGGAGAGUGGAGGGGAGAGCGGCGGGGCCCCGCUCGGCGAACGGCGAGGCGUUUCGUAGACGGAUGUACGACGAGUACGUGCGCAAGGUCAUGGAACGGGAGGAGCGGAAGCAUCACAAGGUGGUGAAGAUAAGCACGCACGAGGAUCUGAAGAGGUGCGACGAUGGGAAGAGCACGUGUAUGACCACGGUGGAGAGGGAGUUCAUCGAGAAGGCGAGGGACAGGUUGAACAAAUUUGGGAUUAAUUUGGACGGGAGCGAGACGGAGACGGAGAAGGAUAAGAAAGGUGGGGGGAGGGAGGGAGAGAAAAGAGUGGAGAAGAAGGAAAAGGAGGAGGAGGAGGGUGUCGUAAAGGCGAAAUGUUUGAUCGAUGGGAAGGAGUUCGAGGACUCGAAAAAAUUGCCCAAGCAUCUGCAAGAGUUCCUCGAUAUGCCCGCCAAUUUCGACGUUGUCGGAUAUGGUUGUAAUUUUGCGACAAAGGAAACUGACAAUGAGCACGGUCUUCUGCACGAGAUUGACAGUGCUUUGAAAUUCGGCAAAGGAUUUCUGUUUGGUAAAGAGAACGUUAUGUUCGCUCCCACGUUUAAAGCUUCUUCCGCAACACCAGGCGUUUGGUCACCUGGAAGCGAGCCACCCCCGAAGGAGCCGAGCCCCGAGCGGAAAGAAUCUGAAAAGGAUGGUGGUAUACCACCCAUCUGGACACCUUCCAGCGCUGGAGCCAGCCCAAUCCCCGAGAAAAAGGAAUUUCGACCGGUGCAAUUCGAGAGCCCUACCCUGAGCCGUAAGAAGCUAGCGCAGCAAGAAGGUACGAAGGAAACUCCACCACCUUGGGAGACGGAAGUGGAAAAGAAGGAAAUAACAAGAAGUAGUUAUGAGAGCACUAGUACCAGUUCGCGAAUUGUCAAUUCCCACUCAGCACCGUCUCAGGGAUUAAAUUCAUUAAGUUCAACGCCUCGACUGCCACGUGCUCAGAAUCCAACUAUAACACUGCUUCAAAAAGCAAGAGAAGGACAAUUGCCAAAGGGAGCAGCCUAUCUAGAAGAGAACGAGGCAGAGAAGAAGCAUCCAUCCAGCGACGAGAAAGGCAUAAUUAGUCCAGGAGAGAUCAUAUACACGGUGAAGAAAGAAUACGAGAGCGAGCCGGAAACGGAAAACGAACCGCCGAAGAAGAUGGCCGACUUGGGUCCUCGAAAAUUCGAGGGUAUCGGCCCAACGUCUAAGGAGGGUAUUCCCCUUGUUUUGAGAUCGGAAGUCAAGGAGAAUAAUCAGACAAAGUGGUAUAAGAAAAUGUACGACUCGUUGCAUCGUGCAGACAGAAGCGAUGACUACGUAACCAUUCGUUACAAACAGAGAAGAGGGACGAGAUACGGUUACGGAAGUGGAUAUUUAAGCGAACCGGAACACCGGUUGUACUCGGAUCGAUCCGCCACUUUGGACAAUCGUCGACGCCUUCGUAACAAGGAAAAUGAUUUCUUCACGUCGACUAUGCCUAGAAAUUUGAGGAAUGGUACGUUGAAGUACAGUUCAGAAGUUUAUAAAAAUCAGCCUGGCCGUAUCGAGGACUACGAACCUGGACGAUCUUCAAUCGCCGAAAAGGAAGCCAAGGAGUGGUGGGACGAGGUCAUGGACAUAUUUGACGGGUGGUUGAACGACAAUGGACAUCCUCAGGGUACAGAGAUGGAGGAUCUUGGCGACGCGCAGCUGAGCCACCGCGCUCUCAGCCUCUCCUACCGACCGGAGACCGGUCGCAAUCCGUUCGACCAGCACAAAAAUCGUCCCCCGCAAAGAUUGAAACCGUACAUGUCACACGCUCUCAAAGAAUCGGGAUACGAGAGUGAUUCGACGCUGGUGUUCCGUCGGAAGGAGGACAUCGGUCCGUUGAGUGAACUCGAGCAAAGAUUGGCCUACAAAACGGUCCAAAGUGGUGGCGACGUGCCGCUUCAUGGCCUUCGUAAACCAGCCCCAGAACGACCGAAGGACGAAACUGGCCUCGAGUAUUUUCCUAUCUCGCCCACAUUGACACGGAUCCGCGUACACCGGAAAAACGGCUCCUCGACCAGCAAGUGUGCCGCCGUUUUGUCGCGACACGAGAGCCCGUUAAUCGAAAUUCGAAACGCGACAGCCAAGAAAAUGGACGUUCGAUCGACAAUCGUUUCGAGGGCGAGGUCUCAAAGAGACAUUGCUCUCGACGAUCCACGUGAGACGACGGUAUCUAGGCCACCGUCCCCGCCAAGAAGGCAGUCUUCCAGGAACAGCAAAACUCUCAAACUGUAUGGAAACGCGAAACGUCAAACUGUGCAGCAACCCUUUAAGUCGAGGCACAAACAGUGUUUCGACGAAGAGGCGCGCUCCAACGUCGCCACUCCCGGAGAACGACUCAACGGAAAUUCGGACAGAUGCGGGAAGAAAAGUCGCGAGAUCGUGCGCCCGUGUUCGUUUCGAACGUCGUCUAACAAUUCGACGAUCCCCCCCUCUCGUUCGAAAGUUUCGACACCGUCGUGCAAGAAGAAGACGGAGGACUCGCGCUUGUCGCAAACUUUACCGACCGGGGAGAAAAGUUUCUCGCCAUCCAACGUGAACAGAAUUUAUGGGAACAGUUCAUCGUUGUGGAGGCUUGGCGGCAAAUAUCCCGUCGGAUCCGAGCCGAAACGCGAUAAAUCGUCCUCCAUUUUGAAGAUGGCGUCCAAGUACGUGUCGCCCUCUGCGACAAAAUCGACGAAGGAGAAGUUGCAAUCGGAGUCGAACGGUGUCGGUAAUACAGUUUCUUAUUUGAGGAAAACUAACGCGAGCAGGAAACGGUUGACGCGGAAGGAGCAGGAAGAGUCGUCGAGAAGAUUAGCAAGAUCGUCGAUCGAUCUAUCUUCGAUGGAGACUAGGAAACGUGUUUUGCAAAAGUGUAGGGAGAAAGGUGGCAGGGAAGUUCGCACGACAGUGCUGCCGUCUGGAACGCUUGUCAAAAGCUCGACCAUGUUGUACUCGUCUAGUUCGAGCAGUGGCCGGCAGAGGCCACCCCAGGACAAGUCUUUGAAGGUAGUCGUAACGGUUUCGUCGAAGGGACAGGAGAUUUUAAGGAAGCCUUUGGACUCGAUUUCGGCCGCGAAAUCCACCUCUUCGUUGAAAUCAUCCUCGGCUACGUCCUCGCCGUCUGUCGUACGAAGAACGGUGUUGACGGAUACCAAGAAGCCUGUGAGAACGAUCAUAGGACGGCCUGACAGGAUGGGUUCCAGCAGAGAGUUUACAUCUUCCUCGGACGCGAUUGGUGAAUCGAGUAAAAGGAAGGGGCAGAGACCUCGCGCCAUCGUGAGAUCUCCUGUUACGAAGCAACAAUUGGAAACAAUUCGAAUUAAUCCCGACAAGAGGAGGAUAGAAACGAGGAAGAGAUCGAGAAAAGUGGAAAAUAGUGAUGUAAAGGAAGUGAGGGAAGGGAUGGAGAGCGACGUAGAGAGAAGUAACAUAGAGAACGAAGAGCCUAAUAUCAGGAAGGUAUACAAAUCUAAAGAGGACAGACGAUCUUCGUCGUUGAGCGUGGAAGAGAUAAAGAAACAUGGCGACGCGACGCGUACCGACACAUUUUUUCAAAAUCUCUUUUUAAGAUCCAUUUCUUCCAGCGAAAAUGUCCCCUCGAGGAGAUCGAUCGUCGGCGAACGAGCACGAAUGUAUCAAGAAAACAGCAGGGAAGGUAGCAAGUCGGAGCCAUCUUUGAAAUCUCUUAGCAUAUACUUGGCCCACAAGCGACCCGUAUCGAAUUCCAAGUUCAAAAAUUGGGAGAAGGAGAGCGUUUCCUCCAGAAGUUCGAGCCCGUACGGGGUCAGUUGGCCUGGCAGAAGCGUGUUUCAAAAGGUGAGCAAGUUCGACAGUCUUUUAGGAAUCGAGGAUUUUGGAUCGUCGACCACGUUGCGCAACAAAAGUCCAGACUCUGUGAAAGAGCGUUUGAAGGAGAGGAGUUUGAGCGAGCCACCAUUGAAGACUUUGUCCGAGUGUUCGUCCUCGCGCGCUUCCUCCCCUUCGUCUUCCAUCAGAUCGCCAGCCUGUAGACGUAUACGCAGCUUGAAACAGGAAAAGUCGGAUGGUCCAGGUGCCGUUGUCGCGAAGAAAGUUAGAGCGAGGAGCGCUGGCGAAGCAGAAGAAAAGUUUGGAUCCAAUUUGUCCUUGGCGAGAAGCACGGGUUCGCUUUGCGGCUCGCCGAUCGAUCGUGAAGAGUAUCAUCGGUAUGUAGUGGGUGUGUUGCACGAUAGGAGAAGAUCAGAAAGGUACAAGGAAUUGCACGACUUCUACUCGAGUCUAGAGAGGUUGGGUGAAUUAGAGAGAACGUUUUCUUCGACCGAUUUGAGGCCAAGAAUGAAAAACGAAGAAGAAAUAAUUGAUUACGAUAGAUGGAGAAAGGUGAGGUCGCAGGAGAGAGCCGAGGUUGAAUUUACCACUUUGUACGGGAAGUUAAAGGCGGUACAGAAAGACAAGAAUUUUUUGUUCAGCACCAAGGAUAUCGGCAAGUACAAGUGGCACGGUGAUCGUAGCUUGAGGUGCAAGGAAAGAUCGGUGGAAAAUAUUAUCCAACAUUUCAAGAAACUGCAAUCCGAAGGGAGCGAAUUGGAUUGUUCGAAAAGAAGAGAGAUAUCGUUGAGGAAGGACACGUAUAAACCCCUUUGGCGCGGCACGUCUGUGAUAAACGUGGCUAGCACGAUGCAAGAAAAAGCAAAUGGAUCUAAAAACCUUGAGAAAUCCUUGGAUCAUUUGGAUCAGCCAUCAUUGCAAAGAAGCCUUGGAGGAAGUAAAAAGUUUUGGAGCAGUUUAUCCAUCGAGCAAGUAGCCACCUUAAAGAAGCAAUUAAACGAAAUUUAUGGUAGCGAUAAUUUACAGAGAUCUGUACCGUCGACGUCCUCCGAAAUGGGCGAGCAUAAUAGAUUGGAAAGGAAAGAAGGAACCGAUAAGGAAGAUUCUCUGUCGAGGUACGAAAUUAUCGUUCCGCCCCACAUCGACUCGAUCGAUAAAGACGACGCUAAAGGUCUUCACGUGCGAUGCCACUCGAUGAUCACGUCCGAUACUUCUCCGAAUAAUGAUCAAAAGUCGUUUACAGAUCGUGCAGAAUCGUUGAGGAGAAGUGGCUCUAUUAGCCGAGGUAAGAGUGUAGAAAGAUCGGAAUCUGACAAAAGUGUGAUCAGUGUAACGCCAUCUAUGAGCGAAUUAGAGAAGAAGAGGCUCUCGGUGACGAUCGGUAAAGAAGUUCUGGACAAAAUCUCGCAGAGAAGACUGUCGAUGCCAUUGACAGCUCCUCGCGAGACUCGAGGUAGUAUAGCUGCUGCGCUUGCUGUUAAAAAAAUACCAAAAAUAACACGUUCUUCGACCGCACCCAGUGUAACUAGCACCUCACCUAGAAGCUGUUAUUCUUUAGAACCACAGAACGCGGAAGAUUCGUCGAGAGUGAAAGAGAAGAACGAUUUUCUGCUAGUUCUCACGCCGAACAACAAAACUCCAUCGGACAGACGCAGAGUGGAGAACGUUCUAGAAGAGUGGUCGAGGAAACCGCCUCUUCUGGCAAUCGCGAUACCCGACACGUCUAAUCAGACAAAAAUUAUAACCCCUAAUUCGGAGAGCGAAGCAAACAGCACGACGGAAAGUUCCGAGACGUCUGUGAGGACUGUCAUUCAACGAAAUAUAGAAUCUCAAGAUGUUCCAGCGAAGAUAGAGUUCUUCGAGAACGUGGACAAGAGCGCGGAUACUCAGUCGGUAAAAACAAAUAAAAAGGAACAGACGAAACGGAAACCAGGGAGAUUAUCCUCUUCCCAAAGCUUUGCCGAUUUGAGAGAAUUAUUCGGCGAGUCAGAGGCCGGUAAAUAUGCGUUGUCGGGAUGCAGGACACGCUCGAUCUCGCCGAGAGGCACGACGUCUGACGAGCGAAAAGGAAACAGUCCUGCUCGGGAAAUGGACGCCAAUACGCGACCGUGCUUUUGUUCACGCGACCGUGAACACGAUAGGCCUCGCAGCGUCAGUCCGUGUCGCGCAACCACUCGAUCGAAUUCAUCCUGCAGUCUGGAGAGCAUUUGGCUGCGUAGCUCUUCGCCCGAUCCGGACAAAUAUUGGCGUGCCUAUUUGAAACUAGUGAAAAAUGGCACGGUGAGACGGCUCAGAGCCAAAUUCGAAAGCGCCGAAGAUCUUCGCGCCGGUAGAGUCAAAGUGUUUCCAGCGCCUAAAAAAUUUCAAAGCGAUCCCGAACUGGCCAGGUGUUUUUUGAAAAAGGUGGACGAGGGCAAAUUGAAGCCUCACGAGUUCGCAGACGUGGCUUGGUUGAGGCGGAAGUACGAGCCUCGAAGAGGAAGAGCGCGUCGUAGAGGAGAAUCACCGCCGAUUCCGCGUGUACCGUUGAGAAAGGAGGAUCUAUCCAUGCCUCACAUCGACGUUAUCAGCAAAACGGCGGAAUUGAAGGAUUCGGUGGUUGUCACUUCCACCAUUACGAAUUCCGUGGCCAGAAAGGCGGAGACUAAGGAAUUGGAAGCGAAGAAAUCGGUUGGUCGGAUGAGGAAGAAAUUUGAAAAAUUUGCUACGCAAAAAACUUCGAUUCUGGGCGAGAUGUUCACCUCGUCGCCAGACGUGCACGAACUGAGAGACAUUGCACCUUAUUUGGCUGGCCGUUGGGUGGCGCACAGGUACCCUAGUAGAAGGGAUAACAUGCGUUCGUUGUCUUCGCCACCAGAUCUCGCUGGUAGGCCGUGUUCCGCCUCGAAAAGCGAGGUUAACUCUGGAUCCACGAGAACGCAGAGCAAGGAAGGAGGUAAAUUAAUUGGGAAAGUGCGAGGUGUCUCGUCGAAGGGGCCGUCGUCGAUUUUGAAACAAUCGGAUGGUGAUCAAACGUUUGAUCCUGAUAAGCAUAGACCGAAAUUUAGAUAUCAACCACCUCCUCCGAUAUCCUCGCCAAAUGUUCGACGAAAAGCCACGUGUUGGUGGUCGCCGAUUCCUAUCUACACGGCUCGACCUACCGUCACUUUCGAAGAAUACUCGAACGCACCCCCGCCGCCGCCAAAAUCUCAGCACUACAGAGACGACUGCCAAGAAUCACCGAGGCGUUAUGUGGAGGGCGAGGUGACGAUUCACUAUCGUUCACCAGUGCGUACAGAGGCGAAAGAGCCAUUGAGCGAGGAAGAGCUCGCUCGUCGAAGCGCGGAGAAUAUGCGACGCGUUUAUCAAGAGGAACGGCGUCGCAAAUAUCUCCAGGAGCUCCACGACAUCGAUUCGAGGAGGCACACCGACAAUUUCAUACCAUCGCAGAAAUCACCGAUCCCUUUGAACCGUUACGACGAUUUCGUGGAUGAUCUGAGCCACAGAAGCCGAUCCCAGGAGCAAACGCCGGAACCUCGGCUCGUGGCAAGGGCGCUUUACAACUUUAUCGGCCAAUCUUGCCGGGAAUUGAAUUUCCGUCGCGGUGACAUAAUAUUCGUGCGUCGCCAGGUAGACAAGAACUGGUACGAGGGUGAGCAUAAUGCUAUGAUCGGCCUGUUCCCAUCGAAUUACGUCGAGAUUUUGCCCUACGACGGUAUGCGAACCACACCAAAGAAACCAUACGAGGGACAAGCACGAGCUAAAUUCAACUUCGUUGCUCAAACAAAUCUUGAGUUAUCUUUGGCCAAAGGAGAACUUGUCGUCUUGACGAGAAGAGUCGAUGAAAACUGGUAUGAGGGGCGUAUCGGAAACAGAAAAGGGAUAUUCCCCAUCUCUUACGUCGAAGUUAUCACAGAGCCUGGCCUCAGAUCAGAAACGCCAACACAAAACAAACCAGUUGCCGCUCCAGCUGCGCAUAGCCUUUUGGCAAAUGGAUCAGCUGGAGGGAAAAUGAGUAUGGGACCUCAUCAUUAUAUGCCGUCCAUACCAGUUAAUAUGAACACAACUCAGCCACACUAUAAUUCACUGCCACGAAUGGGAGGAAACAAAUUACAUGUUUCCGAAGCACUACACAUCGACACACACUCUGAACCAAUACCAUAUCGAGCUCUCUAUAAUUAUAGACCACAAAACGAAGAUGAACUUGAAUUGAAAGAAGGCGACACGGUAUACGUAAUGGAGAAGUGCGACGACGGUUGGUACGUUGGUUCCAGUCAAAGGACCGGCUAUUUUGGUACUUUCCCUGGCAAUUACGUGGAACGAUUAUGAAAAAUGACAACGAGCUGUAUCGAAUCACACAUUUACAUUUUACCAAAGCACUAAAAAUUCGAAUCGUUAAAAUAGAUAAUUUUUAAUCGAUCGAUGAUAAGGAUCAACGAGAUAUGUAUCUCAUUACAGUCUUCCUAUUCGUAAAUUUCAACGAUAAUUAAAAAAAAAUGAUACCUAAAAAUGAAAAAAAAAAAGAAAAAAAAAACGAAAAAUAUACAAUCAAAUAAUAUAAUAAUAAUAAUAAUAUUGCAAACACAUGAGAAACUCAUCGAAACGAACCUUAUCGUUGAAGAUUCACCAAAAAAAAAAAAGAAAAAAAAAACGAAACUUAACGUUAGGGACUUCAUAACGUGUAUGUAGUGUAUAAUAAUGUUUAGUAAUUUAUUAUACGACGAAAACGAGUGCGUCAGGCGGACGUUGCGAGGCAUCGAAGUAAAAAAAAACGAACACGACAGGAAAUAAUUUUUGUUCGUAUAAAUGAAAACGAUUAAUAUGUAGAGAUAAUGUGAAUUUUUACACAUGCAGAAUCAUGUUCGACAGAACGAAACAAAAAGUUUCCGUCGAGCCUAUUUCCUAAUCGUAAAACAGAGCCCUAUCGAGAGGACUAUUUCUGGUUUCACCAGCAACGAACGAAGUUAUUCGUGUUUUUUCGAUCAAGUAAAUGGCAAUCGUGAAUUUCAUCCAUUUGUGGAGAGAAAUUCGAGUUUGAUAAAAAAAAAUGUAUUGAACCGAAAGUUUCCGUUGAACCCCUUUUUUAUGCUUUCGGUUGUACGCCAUUUUCAGUAACACGUGCACGAGCAUGACCAUUAAUCGAUAAGCAAGAAAUCUGCUUAACCUGUUAACGGUGUUAAAAGUAAGAAGUUAUCUAUUUAUCAUUAAUGAAAUUGCAAAUUGUUCGCGCCGUACAAGGUGUUAAACUUUUGAAACAAACCAAAGAAUCAUACGUUUCGAGUAAUUUAAUCUCGAAAAUUUUACGACCUAACUUUUAAAUAACGAGAAGUUUGCCUUGUUUAAACGACCUGUUCGCGUACGAGAAACGUAAUUUUAACGUAAUUUCGUGAAAAUUGUUCCGAGUAUCGUGAGAUUUUUCAGUAAAAAAAGUCGAUAAUUCGAGGCGAGAGUUGAUUUCAAUUCGCGGAGAAGACGUUUUCUUCUGUGUUUGUAGAUAAAUCAGCCGUGUUAUUGUUAUAUUCGUGAGUAUUCAAGAAUAAGCGAUUUAUAAUUAUAUAUAAUUAUAUAAUUAAAAGUUUGCCUUCCCAAAUUAAUAUUUUUGUAAACAUUAUUUGUAUCCAGAGUUAUAUAUAUAUAUAUAUACAUAUACAUAUAUACAUAUAAAUGAAUUAUAUAAUAUGUAUAGAAGAUAUAUCUAUAUACAUACGUAUAUAUAUAUAGUUACAAUAUUAUAAUAAUAAUGAAUUGUAAUAAGUAAUCAACGGCAUAAUUAAUCGCGCACGUGUUAAAAUGCACCCAUGUAAAUUUCACGAAAAAAAAAAAAGUAACAAAAAAGAAACGAAUCGUAUUAAUCUAUAUAUAUCAUUAAUUAAUCGUAACUAAAAGGAUUUUCGCCGAUGUCACACCGAGUAAUAAUGAUAAGACUCAACGAUUUUCAAAACACGUUUCGCCAUGACGUUACAGCUUACAUUAAGUCUAGAUAUAAAAAAAAAAAAAA